CUCAACCCAUUGGAGAACAAUGUCAUCCCAGCAGCAGCAGCAGCAGCAGCAAUGCCCCUCCCAGCAGCCUCAGCAGCAGCAGGUGAAACAACCCUGCCAGCCACCGCCAGUCAAGUGUGUUCCUCAAACCCAGAACCCAUGCCCACCCAAGGGCACGGUUGUACCAGAACAGAAGUGCCCACCCUCUGAGCAGAAGUGCCCACCAGCCCAGCAGAAGUGCCCACCUGCCCAGCAGAAGUGCCCACCCUCUGAGCAGAAGUGCCCACCUGCCCAGCAGAAGUGCCCACCUGCCCAGCAACCCAAGCAGAAGUAAAGACCACUGCGACUCAUGCCUAGCCAUGCCCUCUCUCUGUGGGAACCAUUUAUGCAGAGAGAUUCCUCAUCUUCCUAUUUCCCUUAGACCCUCCCAUUUCCUGCACUAGGAGGCCAGUAGCUCCAACAGGUUCCCCUGCUUUAGCCCCUACCCUGCCUAAGCCCUAGGUGGGGCAGUAAAUCUGCUUACUCCAUGUUCUCUGAGACCAUGAGCCCUGACCUGGGAGAGGAGAGCUGACUCAACUUGACUUUCACCAUCUUCUCCUUUCCCUGUCCUGGUCACAGUCACAACCCAGGCUUGAUUCAGCAGCCAGAACAGCCCAUCUGGCGAAGCAUGACGGUUUCGUCAGUCUCAAAUUCCGUUGCCCUGAUGGGGAGAUGGAAGGUCUAAUGUACAAGUGCUCCUGAGGGCCCCCUCUCCCUAAUCCAACCCACAGUAUUCUCCCUUCCCUGACCUUCUCCUCCCAAUAAAGCUGAUGCUA